CAUCCACCGAAGGAAUCGAUCAAAAUUGUAGUAGCUGCGCCAGCUUGGGUAGGUUCUCGAAGUCGCUAAUCGUCUCAAAAAAAUAACUGACCUUAAGAUAUCAAUCUGGCGCCCUUUGAUGGAAAGGAAAACUUGAAGUUUGUCGACAAGUUUGUUUAAAAAGGACAGGAGUCAACUAACUCUCUUAAAAAUCCAGUCGUUAUUGGCUGAGGGGUUUUCCGUAAUUGUUGAUAGGUGGACACUCAGACGCCGCGCUAUUUCAGCCAGAAAUGUGUCUGGUAAAGUUAUUCUAGAGUAGCUACGAUCAACGAAGUAGGCCUCGUCUAUCGAUAGAAACAUGAAAAUCCACUACAAGGUUGGCUCUAGGAUCCAAAAAAAUCGUGUUCUUUGGUGUUUGGUCAUUUUGUUAACAAUCCUCUUAGUCAUAGCGAUUGGGAUGUUUAUUUUUCUUUCACUCAACGCUAAAUACCAUUUUGCGUGCGUGUUAGGAUGUGAGCCCGAAGCAAAAGCGGUUCGGGCGCAAACAUCUGCGAACAUACCGCCAUCUAUUGCCAUUACCAUCGCUGGUUCUCAAUCAAGCCUCAGAACCUCGGAACAUGAGAGAAAAAGCAGCGAAAAUCCAACGCAGAAACAUGUCACGGACACAGAGAAAACAACGAAGGUCAUUGAGAUUGACCGCGCCGAUAUGAUUAUCAGUUCCAGAACUUCGAUUAUCCAUUCCAACGCACCGCCGCCAAGCGUCAGCACGAAAUUUGUGGUCAGAAACACAAACACAGAGGGCGGAAAAUCACCUUCACACUCCAAAUCUAGAACAGCGGCCAAUUUUACAACGCAAGUCAGUAUCUACACCACAAAGAAGUCCCUUGAUGUCGUCAACUACAUUAACAUAACCGGGAAAAUUUAUUUCAAAGGAAAAGCUCCAAAACGACUUUCCCGACAUUCGCGCUUAAUUGUGAAGUUUGAGGAUAGUUCCCUGGCGGAUGCACCUCCAGUUGUGCUCGCCAAAUCAGUCGUGGAUUUGUCAACGUAUCGCCGGAGGAAACCUAUUUUUUACACGAUCAUCUGCAAGAGGCCUCCGUUUGCAUCAUCUUUUUACAGCAUCUCAGCUGUUUUGAACAUGGGAUGGAAACCAACAAGGAGAAACAAGUGGAUCAGAAAAGGGGACUUCCUGACCGACACUUAUUUUAGUGUACGCAUUAAAAAGGGCAAGACAUUCUAUCAGAGAAACAUUCAACUUGUUAAGUACAAUUAGUGAUUUACAUCGGACACAUAACGAUUUCAGAGCAUAUCUCGAGCUCUUACCAAGUUUAACGAACCCGAGGGUUUAUUUACACGACUUUCCAUUUACGAACGUGACUCGGAUCUUACGAGGGCGUAACAAACGUAGCUUGAAAAUUUCCAACAAGAGUCGAACCGCUGUUACUCUAGUUUUAGUGUAACUUUUUUCUAACUGGUUUCAGAUCCAUGCAGUAGACAUUUCGCUGCCAACAAAUGUGGCAAGGUAAUUUUAGGAUGUAAAAGACAUUAAUAAUAAUAAUAAUAAUAAUAAUAAUAAUAAUUUAUUUCUUAUAUAUAGCGCUAUUUGCAAUAACAGAUCAAUAGCGCUUUACAAUUGAUAUCUCUAUAUAUUAAAAUCUCGUCUAAUUAAAAAAUAAUUACAUAUUACAGUUAAAUUGGCUAUAUAGAAUUAAAAGUUAAUAAUAAGAUCUUAAAGUGUAUACGCGCUAGUACUGGUAACCAGUGUAACUCAUAGGGUGCUAGAGUAAUGUGAGAAUACUUCCCGAUAUCCAUAAUUAGUCUGGCGGCAGGAUUUGCACGCGUUGUAACUUAGCUAAUUGCUCUUUGGGAAGGCCAUACAAUAAAGCGUUACCGUAAUCUAACCUACUCGUGAUGAAUGCGUGUACCAGAGUGAGUAAGCUGUCUCUCGAUAAAUACUUCUUAAUGCGUCUAAUAUUAUGCAAGUAGAAAAUACCCGCCUUACAUACAUUAGUGAUAUGGUGGCGCAUAUUCAGGUUUGGAUCAAGCCAGCUCCCAAGGUUCUUAACUUGGUGGCUAGAUUUUAUCUCUGAACCACCUACUUUAAUAUUCAUAGCCUGUAAUUUGUUAAGUUGAUGGCGUGUUCCAAUAAUAAUAAACUCAGUC